UCAUGAUGCACACGCGUAAAUCGUGUUUAUUGCUAAUCUCUGUGGAAUAUGCAAAGUACAAGGUGAAACACAAGCUACGCUUUAAUUGGACAAUAAACUUUUUCCAACAAAGAAAUUCAACUAAAAAAUACAACUAACUGCGGUUUUAAACAAAGUGAUUAUUGAAUCUUGCUCAUUUCUCAGCUUACAGCUCUAGUAGUUACACAUACUGAAGCCUAAUUAAGAAGGGUCGAGAGAAAGAGAAAAUGUGUCACGUAAAUGUGCUACCAUCCAGAUUCUGACUGUAGCUGUAGGAAUACUUUUCAGUGGACACCAUAAAGAAAGAUUUUUUAACUGCACGGGAUGAUUUGCAAGACCUUCCAAUAAGGAAAUGGUAGGCAAGCUGUUGAUCAUCGUUUAUUAUUAAGCAGAGACAAGAGAGGCAUUUCAGGUCAAUAGGCUUGUGAUCUGGGCCAUGUCACAUAAGGAGUCUGUCAGUGGAAGACGUUAGAUGUGAAUUCUCCUCAAGGUGUUUCCCAGUGGACCAGCUAUAUAUAUAUAUAUAUGCUCAUGUAUAUAUAGACGGGGCCCAAGUAAUAGGAGAAGGAACAAUUACCUUGACCAACAGACACCGUUGUUAAUUGUGUCCGUGGGAAGAAAACUGUCAGUUCAUGUGUGGAUUCUUUUGUAUGGAGGACCAACGUUUUUCCACAACUCAGAAUCAAAGGGCAGUCGGUAAAGAGAAGUUGAUUUUUUACUAGGCGGCUGUAAAAAGUUCAUCAAUACAGAAAAGACACAACAAAAUCAAGGUGAACACAUUAGGUGUACAUGGUAUCAUGGUAUAGGAUUAGGAAACCCCUGAGAUGUAUCCAGAAUGGAACUACAGUCCCUGACACCCCCACCUGGUAACCACACCCCUGAGAUGGCUCUCGCGCUUACAUCCACCCCUAACUCCUAUGGAGCUAUGAAAUUCAAUGCCUCCUCCACGGAGAGCCAGUUUAAAUCAGAGAGACUGGAGAAACCUUCUGAAAAGUCCCUCUGUUCCAAUGCCACUAAGAAUAGCAGGUCGGACAGUUCCGUUGACAGUGAUGAGUCGGAUGACAGCCUAGGGUCAGAUGAUCAGGUCAAGCCUGGGUCUGACCAGUUAGAGGAGGGCUCGGAAGACAACGAGCCUGUAGACUGUGACAACUGUAAUCAGGAUUUUUCUUCAAUGCAGGACUACAUGAAACACAAGUGUGCCAAGAAAGUCAAAGAUUGUAAGAGUUAUGACCCCUCCCUGGCUCAUGUCGAUGGAGAUGUGAGUGAGGGGGAGAGCUUUGACGGGAAAAUCGUGUACAAUUCGGACGGGUCUGCGUACAUCAUCGAGGGGGGAGACUCGGACCUGAGUGACCUUGACUCUAUUAUAGACUUGCCAAAUCAAAAAAACAUCAUUGUCGACAAAAAAGGAAGUGAUAUUGCAUCACAGGUCCCAGCAUUUCCUCACAUAGCUAAUGCUUUCUUUGUGUCAAAAAACUUUAAGAAACUGUACAGCAUUCCAUCUUCACCUUGCCCAGCCCCUAUAAUGUUCAGUUACAGAGUGUAUGAUGUACGAAGUGCAAAGUCUGAUAGUGAUAUUGAAGUGGAGCAAAAUUCUACCUCAGAUGAGAGCUUGGUCCCUACAAAACCUAUAUUAAUGUGCUUUAUAUGUAAACUGUCUUUUGGAUAUGCAAAGUCUUUCAUGGCUCAUGCUUCCUCAGAACAUUCAAUGUCUCUCAAUGAAAAGGAAAAAGACAUCAUGUCAAAGAAAAAUGCCUCUGCAAUUAUCCAGUGUGUCGGGAAGGAGAAGGAACCACUGAUGUCUUUCUUGGAACCAAAACCUCUGACAUCAUCGCCAAAGCUGCAGUCUUCAUCAUCUGCUUCACAAGCAUUUCCUCCAAGUAGUCAAAAGCACUCAUCAUAUGGUUCCAUAGGCGAAAACACGUCAGUCAGUUUUGUCUACUCCAAGCCAAAACUUUCUUCACCCCCAUUUUUGCAACUGAAUUCUGGGAAAUCCUCAUCUGAAAAUUCUCAGGGACACUCUCUACGAAAGGGAUCUGAAUCUGACUCUUAUCAACACAAUGACACGAAAAAUUCAACCAAUGGUUAUGAUGAUGAUGACGACGAUGAAAAUGACCACUUAGCAGACGAUGAGAUGUCAUCAUUGGAGAUCUCAGGUAUCAGAAGAAUGGAUUCUUCGCACGAGUCAAGUUUUCUACAGAAAAUGAAGCAAAGCAGUGAAGCUUUCACCAAGAGCCAAAUUACCUCGAGCAAUUCCCAAAUGUUUGCUCCUUCAACCAUUUCAAUGACAAAUCCCAGUCACUCGAUGAUGUUCUUGACGGUCUGUGAUGAACAUCCACAGGGAAGAAUUCAGGGAGUGGAAUGUCCCAAAUGUGACAUGAUCCUUGGAUCAUCCCAGUCCCUUGGAGGUCACAUGACCAUGAUGCAUUCAAGGAACUCCUGCAAGACCCUGAAAUGCCCGAAAUGCAAUUGGCAUUACAAGUAUCAAGAAACUUUGGAAAUCCAUAUGAAAGAAAAGCACCCUGAUAAUGACCAGCAGUGCGUUUACUGUAUCUCAAGCCAGCCCCACCCAAGGCUUGCUAGAGGAGAGAGCUACUCCUGUGGGUACAAGCCGUAUCGUUGCGAAGUCUGCAACUACUCUACCACAACCAAAGGAAACUUGAGCAUCCAUAUGCAGUCUGACAAGCAUUUGAAUAAUGUACAGGAGCUAGCCAAUGGUAAUGCAGAGGUGAAGAUGCCCCAGCAACUGCCUGCUCAGCCUCCCCAGCCAACUAUAGCAGCCGACCCUCUUAGCCAUCUUAAGAAGAACAAACCAAAACCAACAUGGAGAUGUGAUGUCUGCAACUAUGAAACGAAUGUUGCUCGAAACCUUCGAAUUCAUAUGACCAGCGAAAAACACACUCAUAACAUGAUGGUCCUGCAACAGAACAUGAAGCACAUGCAGCGUGAUAUGCAGAUUCAGCAGAUGAACCAACUUAUGCUCAUGCAGAAUGAUCCAGCCUUUUUAGCUGGUAUCUCGUCCCCAGUCCCAGGAAACGUUAGUUUCCAAAUUGACCAAUCCAUGAUCAUGGCUGGUCUUCAAGGCCAGUUUGGAGAAAUCCCAGUAGAUUUGAGGAAAGAGAAUGGAGGAAUGGGCAUGUCCUUUGAUCCUCAUACUCCUGAUGCUUCCAGAAUGUUCCAGUGCUGUGUCUGCAAUCAGCAUGCCACUGACUCUCUAGAGAAUCUUCACCAGCAUUUACAGCAUGACAGGACCAAGCAUAGAGAGCAAGAAAACAUUCACGUUUCACAGGGCACAUAUAUCUGCAAUCUGUGUCAGUACAAGACACAACUGAAAGCCAAUUUUCAACUGCACUGUAAGACAGACAAGCAUCUACAGAGGCUUCAGCUUGUGAACCAUAUAAAGGAGGGAGGACCUAGCAACGAGUGGAGACUCAAGUAUCUUAAUGUUAGUAACCCCGUACAGGUCCGCUGCAAUGCCUGUGAUUAUUAUACAAACAGUAUUCACAAACUCCAGAUCCACACUGGAAAUCCACGUCACGACUCCAACUCGCAGCUAUUCCGCCACCUCCAGCACGGGGAAAGCAAGCUCAGCCCAAACACCAAGAAGUAUUACCAUUGCGCCCUAUGCAGCUUUUCGACUAGAGCCAAACAGAACUUGAUCCAGCACGUGAGGUCCAUGAGGCACAUGCACAACGAAAGCCUGAAGCAGAUCCAGAUGAAGGAGCAGAACAUCACCGAGAUCGACCCGAGCGAGAUCUUCAUGGUCAAGGAAUACCAGGAGGAGGAGGAAGACAACAUCAAGUUUGAUGAAGAAGAUGGUGAAAGUGAGUUAGAGGAAAGCAGUAUGGUGACAGAAACCGAGUUACCUGAGAAGCACAGUGACCUUCCGGCCGGGAUGUUCACCCCAAAUGCCCUACCCCCCAUCACCAAAGGGGGACCCUUAAACAACAAUAACAACAAUACAGGUUCCUCAAAUUCCAAUAACAAUGAUGAGCAGAUACACGUGUGUCCUUACUGUGACUUCAGUAGCGUCAGCGAAAUGAGGAUCCAAGGUCACGUGUUGACCCAGCACACAAAUCGCUCGCACAACGUUCUCUGCCCUCUGUGUCAGGAGGAGUUCAAGGACAUGACACGACUGGAGCGCCACCUGAUGUCGACGCACAGCGUUAAGGCGGAGGGGCUCCAGCGUCUGCUCAUGAUGGUGGACAAGGGAGACUGGGUGUCACAGCCCAGCACCAUUAAUAAUCCAGCCAAUCAGAAUGCUGUCGUCCCAGCAACUAACAUUCCAUUUGACGAAUCAGGGGAAAUAAAUCUGGAGGUUAUGGAGACAGAAGCAGCUAAGCUGGAGGCUGAAGAGGCUAUUGAUACAGCCAAUAUCACUGAGAAAGGAGAAAUUGAAGAUCAGUAUCGCUGCCAGACUUGUUCCAAGACUUUCGGCAACAUUGAUGGACUAUAUGCUCAUCAGAAUGAACUGGGACAUUUAGAGCUCAAACAAACACCCAGGGGACCAGGAUAUCUCUGUUGGAAGAAAGGAUGUAAUCAGUAUUUCAAAACAGCUCAAGCACUUCAGGUUCAUUUCCGAGAAAUCCAUGCCAAAUGCCAAACUUUGUCAGCAUCUGAUUGUCACAUCUACAAGUACAAGUGUACCCAGUGCAGCCUAGCAUUCAAAAACUCAGACAAACUUCAACUUCACUCUCAUUUUCAUCUUAUUCGUACAGCCACAAAGUGCAAUUACUGUGGUCAGUCCUUUGGCUCCAUUGCUGCCCUGAGAAAACAUGUUGAGUCAGGUCAUUCUGAAAUUGAAGAAUCUGACAAAACAAAGUACUUUGACUCCAUGAGUGAAAAUGUAGAAGCCAUGGCCAAAAUUCUAGCUAGCUCAGGAAUGGAAAAACUCUUGACCAAUGCAUCAACCAAAAGUAGCAGUGUGAAUUCAUCAACCACUGUAGAAACUCCCAAAGUUUCACAUACCAGCUCAACCCCCACAGAAAAUUCAAGUGACACAGCCAAGACAGACAUGAAUUCCAAUGAAACACUGGAUAAAUCUGAACGAGCAGAAUCGUCUUCACCUUCAGAGUCGGAGAAGAAAUAUGAGGAAAUGGACACAAGCGAUGGCUCUGAAUACAAGGACCAACAGUUCCUGGAGGAUUACAUGAACAGUCAAGCAAUCGCAGAGGGUGGGUAUGAAGACCCAAACAGGAAGUUCAAAUGUCAUAGGUGCAAAGUGGCAUUUACCAAACAAAACUAUCUAACAGCUCAUAACAAGACUCUUUUACAUCGCAAAGGAGACAAGAUGAGCUAUCCAAUGGAGAAGUACCUAGAUCCAAACCGACCAUUCAAAUGUGACAUUUGCAAGGAAUCGUUUACACAGAAGAAUAUACUGGUUGUUCACUAUAACUCUGUAUCUCAUCUUCAUAAAGUAAAGCAAGCUAUCCAGCAAGGGGAAGGCCCACUGUCCCCUCCAAGCAAUGACCCCACACCAACAACUACAGCAAGCUCUACAUCAGCAGAGGCACAGUCCCCAUCCAGUGCUGAUGACAAGAACAAACCAUACAAGUGCAACAUUUGUAAAGUUUCUUACAGUCAAGGUUCCACAUUGGACAUCCACAUCCGAUCGGUCGGGCACCAGACUACAGCAGCUAAACUUCCUGACCUUAUCAUGUCAGGACAGAUUGACCUAAGCCAGCCAUUGAUAGAACAACCAAAUGACAUACCCAAGUCACAACAGCAGAAGCUCCUUGCAGAGAUGCUUCAACCUCACCAAAUUUUGGCAGCCACCAGUGCAGUUUCACAACCCUCCUUGCUGUUUCCCGGGAUUACAUCUGGUAUUCCAGCCAUGGCUGGCCUUUCUCAAUAUAACAUGUUGCCUGGAUUAUCGUUGUCCACAUCUGUCUCUGAAUUUGCUAAAUCAUCAUCAUCACAGAGUCACACUUCAGCAUCCAAAUCCAAAGAUUAUAAGGACGGUGAAGAGGCAGGGGAAGUGAAGCAGGAGUCAUCUAAAUCUGAGACUGGAGAGAAGACUACCUACCCAUGCAACCGUUGUAAUGCUGUGUUCAUCAAUCAAGAAAAUCUUGCACAACAUCAAAUGGUGUGCUUGUACCAACCAGGAAAUCUUGGCUCCAUGAGUCGAGGACGAAAUAUGAACUUUUUUGGGAGAAAGACGCAGGUUCAGAAAAAUUUGUUAGAGAAUAUUGGAUUUGAAUGUGUCAUGCAGUUCAAUGAGUUUAACCAGCCAUCGGUGAAACGGGAAGUGAUGGAUGAUGAGAUUGAAGAAGAAGAUGAGAAGAAGGAUGAAGAAGUUAAAGUGGAACCUGAAAAUGAAGUAAAGAAAGAGAUAGAGAUUGUGGAGAAAGUGGAAAGCAACACUGAUUUGCCUGAACUUAAUAAAAGUGUUUGUGUGACAUGCAAGAAAGAAUUCUCCAGCUUGUGGGUGCUCAAAUCCCACCAAGAGGAAGUUCACAAAGAAGUGGUACCCAUCAAAUUGGUGGAAAAUCUUGGACAACAAUUUAAAUCAGAUUAUGAGAAAAAGCUGCCAAAAGAAAUGGAGAAAAGCUCAUCUCCUGCACCGUCUGACACUGUGUCUAACUGUCCAAGUGAUGCACCGACACCAACACCAGAGUCCACUGCCGAGAUGCCACCCCCACCCCCUCCCACGACAACCCCACAGAUCAGUGCCGCACAGCUAGAUAUGGCAGCCCAGAUGAUGCCCAUGUUUGGACUUGGUAUGCACAUGCCUGUUCCUCUAAGUAUGGCCAUGGCAAUGAAUUUACAGCCUCCUCUCAUGCCGAUGAUGUUUGGCCACAUGGUUGGGGAAGGAAAUGUCUCAACUCCAACAUCCAUGGCUGAGCAAGUUCUCCCCAAACAGCAGCAAGCAGCUCAAGCCGCUCAAAUUGCUGCUCAGCAAGCAGCUCUUAACCAGAAGAGAGCAAGGACCAGAAUUAAUGAUGAACAAUUAAAGAUCCUUAGAGCUCACUUUGAUAUCAACAAUUCUCCCAGUGAAGAACAAAUAAAUGCAAUGUCUGAGCAGUCUGGGCUACCACAGAAAGUGAUAAAGCACUGGUUUAGAAACACCUUGUUUAAAGAGCGACAGAGAAACAAGGAUUCCCCUUACAACUUCAACAAUCCUCCUCUGACAACAUUGGAUUUGGAAGAGUAUGAGAAAACUGGAAAGAUUCCUCCAGUCAGUGAGGAAAAGACUCCAGAUAUUAAGCCUGUCAUAAAGGAAAUUGAAGAGGUGCAAGUGAAGAAAGAGAACAUUAAAGCAGAAACCACCACUGCAGCCCAGUUGUCACAGCAGCAGCAACACCAGGAUUUCCAAAAACAGAUGCAACAAUUACAGCAACAACAGCAGCAACAUCUACAGCAACUCAAGCAGCAACUACAACAACAACAGAGCAUGUUCAAGGAGAAGGUGAUUGAUCCAUCUCCCAUCAAAGUUGAAUCCUCUCAUCGAGAAUCUCCAGAGUUGAGCGACACUGAUUAUUCCAACAUGUCCGCAACUUCUUCAAUCCCAUCCACACCAAACCAUAUGUCAUCCUUCAUGAUGACAUCCGGCUCAGGUGAUGACAUUAGGCCCAGAUUUGAACCCACACCUUAUCACAGUGGAUACGCAAAGCGUGCAAACCGCACCAGAUUCACCGACUACCAAAUUAAAGUCCUUCAGGAAUACUUUGAGCAGAAUGCUUACCCCAAAGAUGAUGAGCUGGAUCAUUUGUCACAAAUGCUGAACCUCAGUCCCAGAGUGAUUGUUGUCUGGUUCCAAAACGCCAGACAGAAAGCCAGGAAGAUAUAUGAAAAUCAGCCUCCACCAGAAACCAAAGAAUCACCAAGUGUCAACUCCACCUCUCCAUUCCAAAGAACCCCAGGACUAAACUACCAAUGUAAAAAGUGCUCAGCUGUAUUCCAGCGCUACUAUGACCUCAUUCGUCACCAAAAGAAGCAAUGUGGCCUCGAUUCUGACAAGAUUCAGAUGCCACUACAUGCUGGCAUGGAAGACGACAGUGACUCCUUGUCCACACUCUCUAGAGAUGACUUCAAUGAUGAAACGGCCUCCACAAAUUCCCAUGAUGUGUCCACCUCGGGGGACAAAGACCACCUAAACAAGAUAAAAUUCAAGUGUGAAAAAUGCCACCUGUCUUUUGAUGGCCUGGAACACUGGCAGGAGCAUCAGGCAGUGCAUGCCAUGAACCCUGGGUUGUUUGGCAGCAUACCGACCAAUAGUGCUUUUGGAGUUCUGCAGUCCAUGGCUGCUGCCCAGCAACAGGAGAACAAGAAUCUGAUGAAGAGGAAACUCAAUGACAGCUUUGAUGACAAGUUUGAUGAUGACGAUGACCAGCCAAGAGAUAAACGUCUGAGGACCACCAUUUUACCAGAGCAGUUGGACUACUUGUACCAGAAAUACCAGAUUGACUGCAAUCCAAGUAGGAAGCAGCUAGAAACCAUUUCCGCUGAAGUAGGUCUGAAGAAACGGGUUGUGCAAGUAUGGUUCCAAAACACUAGAGCAAGGGAAAGAAAAGGACAGUAUAGAGCCCACCAGCAACUUAUUCACAAGAGGUGCCCCUUCUGUCGGGCUUUGUUCAGGGCCAAGUCAGCUCUUGAAUCCCACUUGGCUACAAAGCAUCCAGAAGAAAUGGCCAAAGGCGACAUCAAUGUUGACAAUCUGCCAGAUGCAGCCAUUGAGCCUCCUGGGUCCCAAGGAUUUGGAUCUUUAAUGACCUCUCCAUCAGACAUGAGUAAACUCCUGUCUCCUCAUGGUAUGCAAUCCUUUAUGCCUGGACUUUCCUUCAACGACCAACUCCAGAUGUCAAUGAAGCAGUUUUAUGAAGAUUCCUACAAGAAAUACAUGACUGACUUGACGAGCACUCCCAAGGAACAUCGGGAAAGAGAAAAGGAUUAUGACAGUCCAGUUGUCUCUAAAGCUCCCAGUUCCAGUACCAAGUCGAGCAGCAGUGGGACAGAGGCUCCUUUGGAUCUGAGUAAGCCACUAAAAGUAAACACCGAUCAUGACAAGCAUUCAGAUGGGCCAUCCACAGACAUGAGUGAGAGGAGUUAUGAAGACCAUAAUGCCUCCAACAAAAGUUUCAAUGACUCCAUUUCCGAGACCUGUUCCAAUAAUGAGAACGACGAUUCCAACAGUUACUCCACCAGUCGCCCAAAUUCUCCUCUUGGACAUUCUUCCAUUCAAGGAAAGAGGUACAGAACUCAGAUGACCAGUCUACAAGUUCGCAUAAUGAAAAGCAUCUUUAUCGACUACAAAACACCGACCAUGGCAGAGUGCGAAAUGCUGGGACGAGAAAUUGGCUUGCCAAAACGAGUAGUCCAGGUUUGGUUCCAGAAUGCCAGAGCCAAGGAAAAGAAAGCCAAAUUAACAAUGAAUAAGGGCUAUAGUGCUGAACUGGAUUUCCCCAAGCCUCCCGAAGAAUGCAACCUGUGUCAUUUCAAAUAUUCUCACAAAUACACCAUCCAAGACCACAUCUUCACAAAGAAGCACAUUGACAAAGUAAAGUUGUACAUCCAAUCCCAGUCGGACGUGGAGAGUAACCUGACUGGGCAGGGAACUUCCUCCACUGCAUCCAGCAGUGAGGCCAUUCGUCAGCACCAGGAUAUUGGGCGCAUGAAGAAAGCCUGGGAUGAAGCAGCGGCCCUGUCCAACAGCCAAUCCCAUUUUGCCCAGCUCCAAGCCAUGGGACUUGGGGGUCUUGGAUGGUCCCAAAUGCCAGGUUUUAAUCCAUCAGACAUUAUCAAAGACUUGCAGAAAGACAAAAAGAACAAAGAACCUGAAAGUGAAUCAAAGUCACACGGUAGCAGCAAGGAGAAUGACAUUGCCGCUCAGAUUGCGGCUGCAAACAUGAUGAAUCCAUUUGGCGCUGGUUUCCUCCCUGGACUUGAUCCAGCCAUGCUCCCUUACAUGGGAUUCCCAGGAAUGCCUGGACUCUUACCUGGAAUGGGAAUGCCAUUCAUGCCACCUGGAUUCAUGCCUGGUUCAGAGCAUCUUCUGAAUUAUGACCCCAUGACGUUUGGGACACCCUUAUCACUGUUACAAAUUCCACCGCAGGCCAUUAAGGACGUGAGUGUCAAGCUCUCCGAUCCAAAAGCAAAUGUGGCCCAGUACACGCAGGAUUGUAAAUCCAUAAAUAGUCUCAAGUCUCUGGUCAACUCGGUCGACUACAGCUGUGCCAGAGAGUCGACGGUGGAUGUUGGAUACAUCUGCAAGAAAUGUCAGACUGUCUACCCUGCCAAGGAUGCCUGUCUGGCUCACCAGAAAUCACUCUGCUAUCCCACAGCCCCCGAAAACAUCCAACCUCUUCUGAAGCUGGAGCAGAUUCAGUACGAGUGUCGCCUGUGCACAGAUAAAUGGUCGACGGUGCAGGAGUACAAGAUGCACUGCCAGGGGGAGUCUCACAAGGCAAAAACAGCCCACGUUCAGCAAAAGAUAAGUCCCUCAAAGUCCCCAGCCUCGAGUCAAUCAGUAGGUCACGGGACCUCACAGCCCAAGGAUUCAUCCUCCCACACCACGACAAAAUCUCACAGUUCUUCCAUUACACCCUCCCCAUUGCCAAAAAAAGACUCAAAAGAAGACCAGAAAGAGGCCAGUGAUUAACGAUUCGGAAUGAAAUCGAGUGUGUAGUAGACAUUUUUUCAUUUGUUGUGUAUACAUCCUGUGUUUCCAAGAGCGAUAGGUUUAGAUGUAUUUUUGUUACCAUUUUUCUCAUGCAUGUUUUAAGUGUCGGUGUGCAUCUUUGUUGUUGUGUUCGAGACAGAGACUCGUAAAGUGCUGUAGGUGCCACCGUAAUUUGUUGCCGGAGUAAUUUCGGCCACAUAUCCUCCAUGUUGACGUUGUUAAAAAUGAUUCGUUAUUGUUUUAUGCUACAUUUUAAAUGUGGUAUACAAUUAUUGUUUAUACAUAUAUUAGGGUUCAUUUUAUAUACAUAGUUGCAUUUAUUUUAAUUGUCCAUUGUUUCUUUUUUGUAUACAGUGUUAGGUAUGUUGAGAUGAGAGAGAUAUAGACUGAGAAAGAAUGUUGUAUAGAUCAUUUUCGAUGUAUCAACUAUUAUGACCUAUGUAUGUUAACAUGUAUAAUCAGGUUUUUUUUUUUUUUUUAAAUCAUAUGCUAGCGUAGGUAAUUAGAAGUAUACAAGAUGGCUUCCAGUUAUCUCAGCAUACAACCAAAACUAGAAAUCAAAAAUCACAACUCGACAAAAUGAAUAGCUUACCGUAAUAUUUUAUUUCUUGCUAGAUUCUUUGUUGGGUUAAGUAGCUUUGAGCUACAUGGUGAAACCAACCCAUAAUUUGAUUUGCUUUUUAUUUUUUUGUUCUCGAGAUAGUCCCAGGCAUUAGGUUGCAAAUAUGAAAACAAAUGUAUACUUUAUUAUUCAGUUUGUUAUCUUGAUAUAUAAAACUUAUACCAUGUAGGUUCCAGAUAGCUGUUUAGCUGCAAUAGUCCCAAAAAAAACUAUUAUACAUAUUUUUGUUCUUUUCAUUCCAUAUUUGAAAUAGAUAUUUUGACAUUUUUUUCCAUUUUUUUCGUUUCUCUGAGUCUGAAUUUAAUCAGAUGGUCAGUGAUAAUAGUCCAGAUGAUAUAUUUUUAGAUGCUUAGAGAGCUAUGCUUUUCUUGUAACAUUAUGCAAAAUGAUUUUGAUUUUGUCAUUGAGUUUCAAAGGUUGUUAUAUUUUUUUGUGGUCAAUUGAGCAUUUGCUGUAUGUGCAUUUACAGUAGUUUUCCUGCAGUAUCCAAUUAUGAAAUGCUAAUGAAAAUAAAUGAAAUACUUUCUGAAUAUGAGAAAAGUAAUUCAAAAGUAUUAAAUCACAUUAAAAUUCAUAGACAUAUCAUAAUCGCAUUGAAUCUAUCUUUCUACAUUUUACAUUUUUCAUUUAAGAAUACUGGAGCAAGGAGUCUUUAUCUGAUUAAAGCACUAUACCAACAAUGAUUUUAAAUUGAGAGUAAAGCAGAGUUAAGGAACUUGUCGUAUAAUCUUGCUUUCAUUAGCUCAUUAGGGUAAUUAAUUAGUACUAUUCUUGAUCUCAGUAAUUUCUCUCAUUAAUCUGACCUCAUAUAAAGAAAUCCUAAUUCUGUCAUUAUAUGAUUAUUAUUUUUUCCUUUGUUCAUUUUUAGUUGAAUUAUAGUUACUUUAGUUUAUUCUUAUACAAAAUAUGUAUUUACAAGCAUAUACAUGUACUUAUCAUUUCUUUAUAUGUAUUAUAGUCCAGCAUUUUUUUCCACCCUCUUUUUAUCACUUUGCUUAUGAUUUCUCUCAGAUAUAGUUCAAAUUUUCAGCAAAGUAUAAAAAAUAACAUUCACAAACUUGUAUAAAGUAAAAUGCAAUCUCAAAUGGAUUUCAUUAUUCUCUUGUGUUUGUCCAGCCAACAUUGCAACAUUUAAACAAAGGUGCUGUUAUUAAUGAUUUAAAGAUGGUUGAAAGCCGGAGGGUCUUAUUAGGUCCUUGGAAUCCAUUUUUUUUUUCGUUGUUUUUAAUUAAAUUUUGGUUAAGUCACGUUAAGGAGGUGUUCAUCAUGUUGAUUUGCUAUUUAUAGCAAAACAGUCAAUAUUUUACUUCUUUUUUUUUUUUCAUUUUUCACUGUUACAUCUUUUAGACAUUUUAAAGAGAAGUUAUAUGUAGUCUGCUUUGCAAAUAUAAAAGAAGAAAUAAAUAUAUCUAAAAAGAUA